CUGCGAUAUCAGCUUAUCUGCGUGAACUUCCGACACUCCGACACCAUAGGGUAUUCCAUUAUAAACACGACGUACGUGUGAAACGAUUAUCACUUCGUAUAAAAUUCAUUACGAAGCGAAUCGAGUCGAAAGAUGGUGCAGUUUAGUUCAAUCGAAACACAAUAGCUAGUUAGAAUUACUGCUCCAGUCGAGUUCUGCUUUCUGUGUUUACAUAAUUUUUACGCGCGUUUUAUCGUGUAGAGUACAUUUUAUUCUCGAGUUAUUUUCGUAGUAUUCUAAUCCAUUUUUUUCAAAAUGAAACUAGAUUUUAAGAAACCGAGUUAUAUGGCGAAGACCAAAUACACCGAGAUUCCGAAAGAUGAAGCUUACACCAUUGUUUAUCCAGAGUACGUUGAAAAGAAAAAUAAAAAAGAAAAAGUCGAAGAAUCGCCUUCGUUAGAGAUAUCUCAUGGAGUAUCCUGCGACGCUCCUUUGCUACAAGAUUCGAUCAAAGAAGACGUACCGGAUAGCGGUUGCAGCAGACACCGUAGAAAAUCGUCCGAAACUAUUUUAAGGCAAUGUACCGGAGGAACUUUACGAAACCGUCAACGCAAAUCUCACAGUCUUCCGAGCAGUUGUUCGUUGAACAGUAUCAGCAGCGAUGACAGUGAUAUUUGGCAAAUAUCGGCCGAGGAUUGCGCCACCCAGUUAACUCUUAUGGAUUUACCCGUAUUCGCUAAAAUAACCCCCGAAGAAUUCAUGUCGUGUUCGUGGAACAAACGCAAUAAACUCGAAAUCACCCCGAACAUCGUCGCAUUCACCAGACGCUUUAAUCAGAUUACUUUUUGGGCCGUGCAAGAAGUGCUGAAAGGUACGAAUUGUAAAAGCAGAGCUGAAAUACUUUCGCAUUAUAUACGUAUUUGUAAAAAACUCUACGAGCUGAAUAACUUUCAUUCGUUGUUUGCGAUUAUAUCUGCGUUAAGAAGCGCUCCUAUUUAUAGAUUGAGUAAAAGUUGGAACUGCGUAUCGAAAAAAGAUAAACAAACGUUCGAAAAACUCAGCGCCGUGUUUUCGGACGAAGAAAACUGGAAGAAAUUACGCGAACACGUGGAAAGUCUGAAAUUACCAUGUAUACCUUAUCUGGGCAUGUUCCUAACCGAUAUCGUCUACGUGAAUAUGGCUCAUCCGCACAGCGGCGGCCUCGAAACCGAACAAAGACGGUACAAAAUGAACAACAUACUUAGGGUCAUCUCGCACCUGCAGCAGUCCCAAUACAACCACUUAGUUCCUCUGGAGAAUGUACAAAAGUACCUCAACUCCAUUAAUUAUAUCGAAGAAUUGCAAAAGUUCAUCGAAGACGAUCAGUACAAAUUGUCUUGCAAAUUGGAACCGCCGUCGUCUUCGUCUUCGAACCAACAACACUCCAGUUGCGCUGCCACCGCUGCUGCCGCCGCGGCCGGUUGCGGUAAUUCGAAAAAAUCCUUCUCGUGUUCCAUGGUCACCGAGACUGUCGCCAAUUUAAACCUAUCGCCGGCUAAAUUACCAUACAAGGUGUCCAAUCCGGCUAAAAACGUCGGUCAUCGGAAAUGUUACAGUCUUGGUACGAACGUUUUGAAGAGUACUCCUGUUUGCGAAUCUCAUUCACGUCACUUGUUGGAUGAUUCUGUCAUAGAAGAUAGUGGAUCUCAUAAUUUACAAUCUAGAAUUAGUAUUAUCAAGCCUUUUUCUGUAAAAAACGACGAAACGAGUGAAACGGUCUUAUUAGAAGGUUGUCUAAAGAAGAAAAUCGUGUUUAGGCACGGUUGUCAUCCUACAGUGUCGUCUUGGCAUCGAUAUUGGGUUCAAGUAUCUCCUUCGUCGUUGGUGUUCUAUUCGCCUAAAUGUUUCAAAGGAGCCACUCGUAACGACUUCAAAAAAGAGCCGUGUAAAAUCUGGUCAGUCGAAGGAUCCAUUGUCACGCUAGGAGACAACCCGGACGUAUUUUUCUUCAAAGAUACUCAUCGUUCAAAACUGUAUAAAUUUCGAGCACUCAAUGACUCAGCCGCUUUGAAAUGGUAUCGUACUCUGUAUAAUGUUGCAGAAGGCAAACGAGAAGAAAUAAAUCCUUCGAAUCUAAUUACGUUUUAGUGAUUGGUGAAAUAUUCUACAAAUUGUUUAAGUAGAUAGCUUUCACAGGUAGUUUAACGUGUUUUUUUUUCUUUUUUUUUUUUUUUUGUAUUUUGAUUUAGUUACCAAUUUUUAUACCAUAUAUAUACAUAAAAAUUGUAAGAAGUCCUGGCGUUUACAUAAGCAUACAAAGUCACGUGUUUCAUUAUUCGUUCUCCUCUCCCAUUUUUUUAGAGGUAUAUUUGUGUGUGUGUGUCGUGUGUGUGUUACUGUACGUGUGCGUAAAAAUCGAACGAGACAUCAUAAUUUUUUCUCUAAGUACAUAAAAAUUUCUCCUAAAAAAAAUGCACUCAAACGUUAGUACUAUAUUUAUUUAUACCUAGGUACAUAAUUAUGUGCUGAUGUGUUAUCGAUAUGCUAUAAUAAUGCUUUUUGAUGCGUUACAGUGACAUCGUCGGAGAUGAUUGUGUUUUUCUACUUUUUAUAUGUAUUAUUAAUUUUCAUGCUGUUAUUUUAAAUAAAAAAUGGAAAAAAAUUGAAAAAAAAACCAUGAUAAUAAAAAUGAUUGAAACAUAA